GCAAUCAUGAUUUCUUUUUGUCGAUAUGAGACUUUUUUAAUGUAAAAAUAUUGUCUUCAUAAUCAGUCGCUCAAUCGUCCCUCUACAAAUAGAGGCUAAAGAGAUCAUAAGGGAAUCACUCCUCAUUCAAACCCCUAUUUUUCUCUCAAUAUUAUCAGAUAGCUAGAAAGAAUGGCUGAGGCUGCGAAACCCGAGGCAUCUAGUUUGGUCGGGAAGCUUGAGACAGACGUGGAGAUCAAGGCUUCGGCUGGAAAGUUCCAUCACAUGUUUGCCGGGAGACCACACCAUGUCUCCAAAGCAUCUCCAGGCAACAUUCAAGGUUGUGAUCUGCAUGAAGGUGACUGGGGAAAAGUCGGCUCUAUCGUCUACUGGAAUUACGUUCAUGAUGGGGAGGCAAAGGUGGCAAAGGAGAGGAUCGAGGCAGUGGAGCCGGAAAAGAACUUGAUCACGUUCAGGGUUAUAGAAGGUGACCUGAUGAAAGAGUACAAAAGCUUCUUGCUCACGAUCCAGGUGACCCCUAAGCAUGGAGGGCCAGGGAGUAUUGUGCACUGGCAUCUUGAGUACGAGAAGAUUAGCGAGGAGGUUGCUCAUCCCGAGACUCUCCUCCAGUUCUGUGUUGAAGUCUCCAAAGAGAUAGACGAACUUCUCUUGUCUGAGGAAUAGAGGAGAUUACUCCUCGUGUGGCUAUCGUAUCAGCAUUUGUAUGUGUGGUUGAAGCAUGUCGAUUUCAGUCUUUGAAAGUUCAAUAAAUAAUGAGUGAAUAAUAUAUGAGUGUGCCAUAUUAUACAUCUAUGUGUUCUAUUUUAUGUGUAUUAUUUUUGUCUUUGAUAAUUAUAAGAAGCAUGUGAUAUAUGUUUGGAUCCACAAGCUUCGUUUUCUG